AGCUAGCUAGUUCUCGUCACAACGCGGCACUGUUCUUGGUUCUCGAUCGGCUUCUGUAGCAAUACAGCAAAAACGUCGUGAUUAAGUAAGCACCAAAGCAUGGCGGCAGCCGCAACCGCCGGUGGAGACGUCGACGGCGACUUCAUGGAGUUGCGGCCGGAGAAGGGCGGGGCGCGCGACCUGUUCCACCUCCUGUGGUCGCCGGAGGUGGACGAGAACGCCGCCGUGGACUGCCCCGCCGGCACGCAGAUCGCGGAGGCGCGGCGGCGGUGGGCCGUGUUCGUGUCCCUGGUGGCGCAGAUGCUGCUGCUGUGGGCCAAGCGGCCCGUGGCGAUGCUCGGCCGGGCCGCGGAGUACUGGAUGAACCUCCUCAACGAGAACGGCGGCGGCGUCCUCAUGCUCCUCACAAACGCUCUCCAAGGAAAGGUUAAAAUGCCAGAUAGAACAUCACUCAACUACCGUUCCUGCAUUGGACUACUUGACACACGAAUCGAGCUCGACAAGAAGAUCAAACCGGGCGAUUGCAACUACAACGCAGCUCUCUCCAUCAUGGCCGCAAAAUUAGCUUACGAGAACGAACUCGUCAUCAAGAGCGUCGUCAACAACCAUUGGCAGAUGGAAUUCCUGGGAUUCUACAACUGCUGGAACGAAUUCGAAGGGGACUACACGACGCAGGCGUUCAUGCUGGCCGACAAGCCGGCGCCGAACGCGACGCUCGCCGUGGUGGCCUUCUGCGGCACGAAGCCGUUCGACACGGAGCAGUGGUGCACGGACGUGGACUUCUCCUGGUACGAGAUCCCGGCCGCCGGCUGCCGCGUCCACGGCGGCUUCAUGAAGGCCCUCGGCCUGCAGAAGAACGGCGGCGGAUGGCCCGAGCACAUCCCCAACCCCACGGGCCAAGACACCAAUAAACCCUUCGCCUACUACGCCAUCCGCGAGAGGCUGAGAGCGUUCCUGGACGAGAACCCGGGCGCCGAGUUCGCGGUGGCCGGGCACAGCCUCGGCGGAGCGCUGGCCGUGCUGUUCCCGACGGUGCUGGCGCUGCACCGGGAGGAAGCCAUGCUGGGGAAGCUCCGGGGGGUUUACACGUUCGGGCAGCCAAGGGUGGGCGAUGUCAGGCUCGGGGAGUUCAUGGAGGAGUACCUGGAGAACCCGAGGAGGUACUUCAGGUUCGUCUACUGCAACGACAUCGUGCCCAGGGUGCCCUACGACGACUCCACACUGCUGUUCAAGCACUUCGGGACCUGCCUCUACUUCGACAGCUUCUACAGAGGACAGGUGACAGAGGAGGAGCCAAACAAGAACUACUUCUCGGUGCUGGCAGUGGCGCCCAAGUACGCGAACGCGGUUUGGGAGCUCGUCCGUAGCUUCCUCAUUGGCCACGCUGAGGGGCCCGAGUACGCCGAGAGCUGGCUCAUGCGGCUCGCCAGGGUCGCUGCGCUGGUGCUGCCGGGAUUGCCACCACACGCGCCGCAGGACUACGUGAACGCCACCAGGCUCGGAGCCGCUUCGCUCGGGCCGCUCAGCUAGUACAGGGAGCGAAGAGGGGCUGAAGUCUGACCAAUUAACCACCCUGCUUAGUGUACAAUAUACAUGGUUGAUGCUGCAUGGUCCAAGGCUUACUGAUAAAAGUUCCAUGUAAAUCCAGGAAAGUAGCAGUAGGGACACAGCGAGUUUUACAAUUCUUUGUGAUUCGGUGUCAAAGAUCAUAACAGUUACAUAAUGAUUGUUAGGCAACAGCAAAACAUGUCUCUCCACCCAACAUGAACAGGCUUGUCACGGCAACG